ACCGCCGCCCCCCCGGGGCAGGUCCUCGCCUCGUCGAGAUGCCCGGGACGGUCCUGCUGCUCUGCCUGGCCCUCGGGCCGGUCCUGCGCGCCAGGUGUGAGAGCACAGAGGAAUAUGAUUAUGAUUACCUCAGCAUCAAUAAAACCUGGGUCCUCACGCCCAAGGCACAGGAGACUGACGCCACACAGAUCCUCAACUCCCUGCUGAAGAACUAUGACAACAAGCUGAGGCCUGACAUUGGCAUUAAGCCCACCUUCAUCGACGUGGAUAUCUACGUGAACAGCAUUGGGCCAGUCUCUGUCAUCCAGAUGGAGUACACAAUUGACAUCUUCUUUGCUCAGACGUGGUAUGACCGGCGCCUUCGUUUCAACAGCACCCUGAAGGCCCUCACGCUGAACACCAACAUGGUGAGCCGCAUCUGGAUCCCAGAUACCUUUUUUAGGAACUCCAAGCGGGCUGAUUCCCACUGGAUAACCACUCCCAACCAGCUCCUCCGCAUCUGGAAUGAUGGAAAAGUGCUCUACACGCUCAGGCUGACAAUUGAGGCUGAAUGUCUGCUCCAGCUGCAGAAUUUCCCCAUGGACACUCACUCCUGCCCUUUGGUUUUUUCCAGCUACGGCUACCCGAGGGAGGAGAUUGUCUAUCGCUGGAGGCGCUACUCCAUCGAGGUCUCCGACCAGCGCACCUGGAGGCUCUAUCAGUUUGACUUCACAGGGCUGAGGAACACCUCAGAAGUUCUCAGGACUGGGGCAGGGGAGUACAUGGUGAUGACAGUUUCCUUUGACCUAAGCAGACGUAUGGGUUAUUUUGCCAUCCAGACCUACAUUCCCUGCAUCCUGACUGUUGUUCUUUCCUGGGUUUCCUUCUGGAUCAAGAGAGACUCUACACCAGCCAGGACAUCUCUGGGUAUCACAACUGUGCUAACAAUGACCACCUUGAGUACCAUCUCCCGCAAGCACCUUCCCCGUGUCUCCUAUAUCACAGCCAUGGACCUCUUUGUCUCUGUGUGCUUCAUCUUCGUCUUUGCAGCUCUCAUGGAGUAUGCUACACUCAACUACCUGGUGGGAAACAAGAAACCACUUGAGCACAACAACAGGAAAGCCAGGCUGCCUCCAGCUGGUGCACAGGUGAUGCCAUCCUAUACCACCAUCAACAUCAACAACAUCAUGCACUGGCCCCCAGAGAUAGAGGAGGAUGAGGAUGAAGAUCCUGGCUCCCCUUGCCUGGAAGGAAAGGAAUGUGAGAGGUUCUUCUGCUGCAUCGAGGACUGUCAGACAGGAAUGUGGCGGGAGGGGAGAGUCCGCAUUCACAUCUCCCGCCUGGACUCCUACUCUCGCGUCUUCUUCCCCACCGCCUUCCUGCUCUUCAACAUUGUCUACUGGAUUGCCUAUCUCUAUCUCUAGCCACUCUGCAUCCUCAUCUGGAAUGGACUGGAGCCCAGCCAGAUGGACUUCUCAAGGAGCGUAGAGAACAGCAUCCCUUCGGUUGUAGUGAGUUGUCGGUCGGGACGAUGGAACCUGGCGAUUCCCUCUGCCUGCUCUCUCAGCUCCUCCCAGAAGAACCAGACAGCUUUUUUUUUUUUAAGCCUUCUAACAUGACUUUUUAGAAAAUCUCCCCUUCCCAAACAACUCCCCUGCCCAGCACCACCAGCCUUUGACUCCUUGUAAGAUUCCCCCCGAACCAUCCUGUUCCCAUCUCAGCCGUUAGGGAUUUUGUCGGAACCAAAAACCUUCCUGAGUUUUCAUCUUCCCACCCAGGCCUGCUCUGAAAUUCCAGGGGAAGCGAUGGCAAAUUAAGUUUUCUUGCAUAAUUGUUAAGACUGUCAAGGAAAUAAAGUAGAUUUUACUGGCUACAAUGUUUUCAACCUGCCCAGAAAGCUGACAGUGGCACUGAGGAGGAUGGAGUGGCUGCAAGCCUCCAGCAGCUCCCCAUGGAAUGUGUGGAGCGUUCUUCCUGGAGCGCUCCGCUUGCACCAAGUGGUACCCAAAGCAUCAGCCCAUUAGAGGCAUUGCUGAUUCCCAUCAGGUGGUGGUAAAAAGUACUUCACAAGUCUGAAGGGCCCAUCCUCUCUUACUGCAGCAGGCUCUUCAGGGACCUGGGGGUACUGGUCAAUAGUCGGCUGAACAGGAGCCAGCAGUGUGCCCAGGUGGCCAAGAAGGCCAAUGGCAUCCUGGCCUGGAUCAGGAAC